AUGUCUAUCGAUGCAGUGUCGGACACUUACUGGCAAACAACCAGAAGUACCAUCAGAGAACGAUGUGAGGCCAUUUUUAAUCAAGAACUCCUUAGCGAUGUGAAAUUCGUGGUUUGUGACUCUCAAGGCGAAAGUAAGACGAUUCCAGCUCACAAGUUCAUGUUAGCGAUCAGUAGCCCAGUGUUUUUUGCCAUGUUUUUCGGCAAAGUGGCAGCGAUAAAAGAUCCAGUUGAGAUUUUCGAUUGUGAGUAUGAAAGCCUUCUUGAGUUGUUUCGUUUUAUCUACAGCGACGAGGCGAAGCUGAACGCUGAUAAUGUCAUGCAGUUGCUUUAUUUAUCAAAGAAAUAUAUGCUGCCUACUUUGGCUGAGAAGUGUUCUGCUUUCCUUAAAGAGAACUUAAAUGCGUUAAACGUGUUUCACAUUUUGCCGGAUGCGCAGAAAUACGAAGAGAAAGAUUUGAUGAAUCACUGCUGGAAAUUGAUUGAGACACAGACAGAAGAAGCUGUAAAAUCAGAGGGUUUCGUUACAGUUGAAAGGUCAGCACUGGAGGAGUUAGUUGAGAAGAAUUCGCUGAAUAUCAAAGAAGUGGAAUUAUUCAAAGCUAUCGAUUGCUGGGCUGAAAAAGAAUGUGAAAAGCAAGGUCUCGUAGCUGAAGGUUCCGUGAAAAGAAGAGUCCUUGGGGAACGCGUUGUUCAAGGAAUUCGUUUUCCUGUGAUGGAGCAAACAGAAUUUGCUGAUAUCGUCCUCGAUUCUGAAAUACUUACACCCAAAGAGACGAACCGUCUGGUUAAGUAUUUUAACUCUGUGCUUUAUGAUCCAGUGGGAUUUCCUGACGCCAAGAGAGCUGGGCACAAACUUGAAGUUUCUAGGUUUAGAUCACUAGGCAGGGGUUGGGGUUCACACUAUCCAGACUAUAUAUAUUUUGAAGUUGACAAGGACAUACAUCUACACGCAAUACAACUUUUUGGAAGAGACAACGGUGAAUAUUCAGUAACACUCGAGGUGUUCGAUGAUAACAGCGGCAAAACUGUGAGAAGGCAAGAAGGGAUUUUUUUUAUCUAAGCAGAUAAACUGUGAAAUUGGCGAUCACCAUGGCUUUGAUAUUAUACUUGUGCCGUCUAUUGCUAUAAAAGCAAACAGAUGGUAUCUAAUUUCAGCUACCAUUACUGGUCCCCCAUCUUGGUAUGCAACAAAUGGAUGCUCUACUGUAGAAACGUCUGGAGUGACAUUUAACUUUUAUUCGGUUUCAAGACCCACCAGUUGUGAAAAAGGACAAAUUUCUAAAUUUGUGUUUACUCUGGACUGAAUCAUGUUUUUGUAGCAUACUAGUCGUUUUUUUUAUUGCUCAACCUCGGCCCUCUGUUGUUACUCUUAAGCUUAGACAAAAGAAUAAGAUCCACUUCGGUUAGCGCCUGAUAUAAUGCUGGUGGGUAGCCUGGCAGUGGCCGGACGGAAUGACAAACCAUCUAGAAGGGAUAGAAAAUGAUGGCUUACAAUGUAGAAAUAAAAGUUUGUCAAUCCGGAACUGUAACAUUUGCAUCUAUUUAAAUGUUCUCAAAACAUAGCCAAAGUCUUAAAGUCUUAAUGAUGCUGACAGUUUCGAUGACUGUCAGCCAUCUUUAUCAAAACUUGGAAAUCGUCAAAGGUGUGAGAAGUCUUAAAUAGGCUUCUGAAGGUGUUAGUUAUUGCGAUAAACGCUCAAAGUCACUCUGUAGACGCCCUCCCCCCUGGUUGGGGGGUGGAGAUCACUUGUGUUCAUAUGGGAGAAAGCUGAUAGGCUCCCUCGUCCCUGUUCAAAGUAGGAGUGUUCGAUCUAAUACAUAUGCUUUCCUUGUUCCAUCUCUUAAACUUGUCGCUUUCCUGCUCAACUAUUUCACUUGCUUCCCAAUUCAUAAUAUGAAUUUUCUGACAGACGUGGUCUGUUAUGGCUGAUUUAUGGUGUUCAUUGGUAGAAGCUGUGCGGGUGGAUCUUGUGAAAUUUUUGUCAGAGAUCUUUUCUGCUUCCUUUCUGUGCUCUGUGAUCCUGGUUCCCAGCUGUCUCCCUGUUUCACGGAUAGAGUGACUUUGCGCGUUUAUCGCAAUAAUUAACACCUUCAGAAGCCUAUUUAAGGCUUCUGACACCUUUGACGAUUUCCAAGUUUUGAUAAAGAUGGCUGGCAGUCAUCGAAACUGUCAGUAUCAUUAAGCCUUUAAGACUUUGGCUAUGUUUUGAGAAAAUUUAAAUAGAUAUUAACUUCAGUAGCCUGAUGAAUUUUUUCAAGAAUGUAACAUUUGCAAUAUGAAACUGUACAGUUCUCUUACUGACUUUAGCUGUGAAUUUAUUUCAUUCUGAUUGUGAUUUUCACCAAUGUCUGUUUCCUUAAACUGGAAUGACCGUGUGAAAUGUUUUCUCCUCAGUAAGUACAAUAUCCUUGUAAGAUAAAAGUAUUUUUUCACUGCUUAGUCAUUUUUUAACUAUGUCUUUGCUUCUUUGCGAGUUGUGUUGAAGAAGGCCAAAGCCCUAUGUGAGGGUAAAAAAUGAAAUGUAUAAAACAGCCCUUCCACGCGGGAAAAGUCAGCCUUAUCUGAUGCUGUGAAAUAUCGAUAGAAAUCGCAAAUACUUUGAUACCGUGAUACUCGUACAUCAUAAUUUCCGGCGGCGAUCUUCGCAACUUAUCUUCAAAUUCACUGUGAUACGUUCCGAGGCCCUUUCCUUUGCACUAAGGAGUAGCUUUAGAAUGCUGAUAAUCGCACAAAAAUUUUGGAAACUCGCCCUGCUAUCACUUUUCACGUUUGUUGGCGUUAUGCUGACGGUAAAGUGAAGGGCUCGGGGGAUAACGAACAACUCUUUUCCCCAAGUUUUCUUUUUUAUGCAAGAAUGAGAUAUUUGCUAUAGAAGUUACCACAAACUUUCCUAUUCUAGGACUAAAGCAGCGUGAAAAAUAGCCAGAUAUCGAUUUCAAUCAAUCUAGUGUUUUAAUUCCUUGGGUAAAUUUAAUGGAUAAAUUAUCCUACAGCAAGCCUUGUUUUAGAGCACGAGGCUGCGAAAGAUUUAGUAUCAAAUUGGGUGCAAAAUCAGAGUUCAAUCGCAUUUAUAUUUAACUGAAAUAAAUCGGCAAGGUUUGAAGCCGAAGGAAAGCGCCAGACUAGUAUUUUGUACAUUUAUUUUAUUUAGUUCUCCCAGUGACCGCUAAAUGAGAAAAAUGCCUGUUGAAUAAUUUUUAAACAUCGUCCGCGACUUAGAGACAGCUUGGCUUCCCUCUGAAGACGUCCUUAUCAGUUUCGGGUCAAAUGAUGCAAAGUCCUUACAAGCCUCAAGGCGCUUUCCAAGUAAAGUCAGAACUGGCCGGCCGGAACCGUCAUUUUGAAAUUUUUUGUCAAAUAUUUCCCUAUAACCCACCACUGCCGAGCUUUCCAUUUAUAAACAGACUGAUCUGGCUGGAUAACCCUGACAAAUAGUGGAAUUCUCUUUGCAAUUGAACUGGACUGGUAGGCCAGUUCUAACAAAUGGAAAGCGCCCUUAUACCUAAUCCAGGCAGUUAACUUAUCCAUUUGUUACGAGUUGUAUAUAUUUUUACCAUUUUAAGAGAUAUUGAUUGUAAAUAAUUCAUUAUUAUUAUUAUUAUUAUUGCUAUUAUUAUUAUUAUUAUUAUUAUUAUUAUUAUUAUUAUUAUUAUUAUUAUUAUUAUCAUCAUCAUCAUCAUUAUUGUUAGCUUUUAAAACUGAUCACAAGAUAAGCGACACAAGAUAACUAUAAUCCCCAGAGAACCCAUGAUUAAUAUUUCCAGCAAAUCACGACAGGUGAAGAGUGUAAAUUGUCGAAUCAAAUUUUGCAUUGAAACUUCCUCAGAAAACAAUGUGAUUAACUACUGUAGGUAUGGUAGCUUUGAUGAGAAAAAUUUCACAAAUUAACUCCUUGUAUACAAACCAAGCAUAGAGCUGACCUAGGAUUCUGGGUAACAAGACCCCUCCAUGCAUGCCUCAAGGGAAGGAACAAUGUCGUGAAUGUUGUGAAUAUGCUGUCAGUUAACCCUUAAAAAAAGUUUACCGUUACGUCCUAUCAUUGAGUCAUGGCUGUCGACACAGUUUCGGACACUUACUGGCAAACAGUCAAAGGUACCAUAAGAGAAAGAUGUGAGUUUAUUUUCAAUCAAGAACUCCUGAGCGAUGUGAAAUUCGUUGUCCGUGACUCCCAAGGCGGAAGCAAGAGGAUUCCAGCUCACAAGUUUGUUUUGGCGAUCAGUAGCCCAGUGUUUUUUGCCAUGUUUUUCGGGGAAAUGGCGGAGACGACAAAAGAUUCAGUGGAGAUAUCUGACUGCGAGUAUGAAAGCCUGCUGGAGUUGUUUCGCUUUAUCUACAGCGACGAAGUGAAGUUGAACGUUGAUAAUGUCAUGCAGUUGUUGUAUUUAUCAAAGAAAUACAUGGUGACUACUUUGGCCGAAAAGUGCUCUGCUUUCCUUCAAGAGAACCUGAACGCAUUAAACGUGUUUUACGUUUUGCAGGAUGCACAGAAAUACGAAGAAAAAGAUUUAGUGAAUCACUGUUGGAAAUUGAUCGAGACACAAACAUUAGAAGCUGUAAAAUCAGAGGGGUUCGUCACAGUUGAGAGAACAGUUUUGGAGGAAUUAGUGGAGAAAAAUUCGCUAAAUAUCAAAGAAGUUGAAUUAUUCAAGGCUGUUGAUUGCUGGGCUAAAAAAGAAUGUGAAAUGCAAGGCCUCGUUUGUCAAGGCUUCUUAAAACGAAGAGCCCUAGGAGAACGGAUUGUUAAGGGGAUUCGCUUUCCCGCGAUGGCGGAAAGAGAAUUCGCUGAUAUUGUCCUUGAUUCGGAAAUACUUACAUCCAGUGAGACGAAUCAUAUGAUUAAGUAUUAUAACUCUGUGCUGGAUAAUCCAGUGGGAUUUCAUGUAGCCAAAAGAACUAGACGCACAAACGUUAUUUCUAACUUUGCAUCA